CCUCGUCUCGUUUUAUUUCAAACUUGCAUCUUUCUCAUACCUCUCUCAUCCUCUCAUACCUCUUCAAUCUCUUCCGUCACAUUUCUGAUACCUCUCGCACCUCCCUCCCGUCUUUCGCAUCCCCCUCACCUGCGCACCGCACUCCGACGUCCUGUCGUCUUUUCAGCUCCUGUCCAGUUCUCUCAGAGUCUGGAUCUCCUCCCCGUCCCCCUUCCCCUGCACCCGUCCGCCGUUAAUCUCAAAGCCUGGCGCUCCCUCUUUCCCUCUCCUGCCCAACAACGCUCGGCAGAAUCCACCUCCCGCGAUGCCGUGCGAAAGCUGGGCCUACCACGACCGCACGUGCCUCGACAUCUGCCCCUUCUGCGAGAGCUGCAUCAAAGACUGCCGCUGCUCCCACUGCGGGAGCUGCGUCACCUAUUGCCCUUGCCACGAUGACCCCGAUGAUACCGGAUGGCUCUGCAGCGACCGCGAAUGCGCCAUCGGCCGCGACAACCGCCGCGUCCGCGUUCAUCCCUGCGAGCUGUGCGACCGCAUCCACUGUGUACCUUGCAAGUGCGGUAUCUGGUGCAGUUUCGUCUGUGCGUGUCCGCACUGUUCGGAUUGUCUCUAUUCCUGCGAUUGCCACGAGAUGAAAGACGGCCGCAAGCUGUGCAGUGAACAGUCCUGCCCCGUCGGAGGAGUCACACUCGACAAAUGUUUGGCGUGCGCGACGCAUCGACGUCGAUGUCCUGCGCGUGAGUGCAAGCGGUGCGACUUUCCGUGCGCGUGCACGACCUGCGACAAGUGCAAAUACUCGGCCUGCGAGUACAAACAUUACCAUCCGGGCCGUAACGAGACCCACAUCAUGUGUAAUGACCACUCGUGUCGGAAACGCUACCGUCUCUGGAGUGCGACUGGCUGAGUCAGGUGCGCACCUUCCGCAUCAACGUUCUGCGUCUUCGACGAUCGAGACCCCCAGCGCGUCGACCGCUAUAUCAGCCUUCCUAAACCCAAUUGCUUCCCAAUCCCAGCGUUCAGUGAUAGACAACCGUGUAGUAUUCGCUAGAAAUCGGGUCACUAAAAGUGUUAGGCGUCACGUCACAUAGAAUGUAGUAACGCGGAGUAGAUGCGUGUUAGAGACUUGAAGUUUCC